UUCCCUCACACAUUGUGCUCGUUGACAGAAAUCACGGACAAUUUGAUCAGGUCAUCAUUAAUCAAUCUAGUAAUUUCUUUGGUGGUAGUUUUUCAUAUUCUUCAAAAGAAGGAGAUAUACUUAAACUAGACCUUGAAGAAUAUUCUCAAGAACAAGGUAAUCUCACCUCGGCCGUUGUCUUGCUCUUCUUCAAACACAUAGGCCUUAUUAAUCAAUUUGGUAAAAACGAUUCCACGUUUUUAGCUUCCAAUUUGAUGACUGCCUCUUUUGUUGUGGAUGGAGCUAAGAUAUCUAACCCGGUAAACUUUAGAUUGAACACAAAGAAGAAUAUUACUUCGAAUGACCGGUAUGUAUGCGCAUUCUGGAAAAAAGAUAUAAAUAUCAUGCAUUGGUCGGAGUACGGAUGUGGAAAAGAUAACAGUGGCGAAUGUUCCUGUAAUCACACCACUUCGUUCGGGAUAUUGGUACAAGUAGCAGAUGUACCGAAUGGUCACGAAAGGGCGUUGAAUUAUAUAACGUAUAUUGGAUGCGGAAUCUCACUGGCUGCUCUAUUUAUCACCAUAACCAUUCUCAUGUGCAUACCAUCAUUAAAUUCAACUCGGAUAGCAAUUCAUAAGAAUUUUGUCUUGUCUCUGAUCUUCGCCGAAAUAGUAUUUCUUGUCGGACCACUUGGUGAAAACAAAGAGGUUAUUUGUCAAUUCAUUACAUUGUCAAUGCACUACCUCUGGCUAUCAGUUUUCUUUUGGAUGCUGAUGGAAGGACUUCAUCUAUAUCUGUUGGUGGUAAAAGUGUAUCGCUCUGGCAAAAGUUAUUUGCAUUAUUACGUUGUAACGGCGUGGGGAUGCCCUAUUGUGAUAGUUGCCUUCAGUGCUUCACUUAAAUGGCAAGACUACAAAUCCGAAAGCAUUUGUUGGCUAUCGUUGGAAAAUGAUAUGAUAUGGGCAUUUCUUGGUCCGGCAGCUGUGAUCGUAGUUGUGAAUCUGCUGAUCUUGAUCAGGGUGCUCUUUGUUGUCGUGGGUGCUGUUGAUGACGUAAACGGAGUACCAAGCAAAGUUACACAGACAAAGGCUGCAGCAAAGAGUGCAAUCGUAUUGGCUCCAAUUCUUGGAACAACUUGGUUGAUCGGAGUAGCUGCUAAUCUUAACACUGUAUGCAUUUACCUCUUUACAAUAUUCAACUCGUUGCAGGGUGUUUUCGUGUUUGUUUUUUACUGUGUUCGAAACUCAGAGGUUCGAAAUAGCAUCGAUAGAAUUCGACAGAAACGAGCACUCACAAAAUCAAACGAAAAGAACACAUUAUCGACAUGUGCGAAAUCUAAGGUUGGAAGCAUCGAUAAUAUAUUCCAAAUGAAGCCUAAAUAAUCUGAACACACGUAUGACUGCAAGAGCUGCGAAGCCUGGUUUCCAUAAACGUGCUACACUGCCUUCUCUACAAUAUUGUUACACUGCAUAGCUGUCCAAGCUUCAAGAUACAACCGACCAAUCAACGUCACCGAAAGUGGUCAGCGAUAGAACGUAGCGAUUUUAUGAAAAGCAGGUUCAAUAUACCAUGCGAGAUAAUGUAAAUAGUAAAAUUGCAAACCAUCCUAGCAACCUAGCAACUAUUGAUCUACAAAUUUACUGAUUUCUGAAAUCUUUUGUGAUGUACCGUAUUUAUUCGAAUAAAACGCACUAGGGCAUUUAUUUUUGAGAAGAUUUUUCGAGGGAGGCGUUUAUAUAUUUAUUUAUUUUUGUGUAAUUUCAUGGUAAAUGUUGAAAUAAAAAUACAUAAUUAUGUUAUUGCGCGAUCAUAAAGACUUCUUGAUCCCAACCGGGUUAGAAAAAUUCUAAAUAAUUCUACUAAAUUAACAAAAGUACAAUGUAAAAUUAAUCAAAAGGAAGUAAAGGUAGGAGAAUAACCCAUAGGCCUAACACGUAGGGUCUUUAAGUAGCCGCCGUAAAGACUUUUUGAUCCACAAGGUCAGAAAAAAUGUAAUUCUACUGAGAGUAUAACAUUAAAUAGAAUGUGUUGAGAAUGAUAUUGCUUCCAUUAGAUUUUUAGGGGGUUGGGGAGACUUCAGGAAAAAAUAAACACCCCGUGGCGUUUAUUCGCGAGAGUCUUUUAUUCAGAGCGGGGAGUUUAUUCGAAUAAUAGGGUAUUAGUAUGAAAGCUCAGUUGCGUUGGUACAUAAAUGAAAAUUGUUUCGAUGCAACAUUUUACAAACAAUAAUUUUAAAUUAAAGCUUGAACCUGCAUCAGCAUGUUAAUUCAACGAUGUUAAACUUUGUGGUCUUUUGAAACGUGUUAUCCAAAAAUGAUUCCACACCUAACAAGAGCCCGAGCAUACUUUUAUUUAUUUGUUUCAAACAUUCCAUUAAUUAAUUAUUUGCUUACUUUAGGAUUACAAAUGACAGCAAUUCCAGGUUUUAAAUAAAAUGUAUGCAUAAAAAUAA